AUGAGUUUCCGGCGGCGGUUCGUGUACCUGGUGAUGAACAACACCCAGCAACGGGACUUCCCUCUGCGCCGCAUCGACGCAGCCCGCCUCUUCUUCCCCAAGGGCGAGAGGCCCCCCGUCCCGCCGCCGCCGCCGGAGGACGCGCGCCUCCCGCCUCCCGCCAUCAGAUUCAGCGCGCCCACCCCCACCACCGGCACCGGCACCGGCACCGGCACCAGCACCAGCAAAGGCGCCAUGGAGUUCAUGCUCCUCCACGGCAGCAGCGGAGGCGGAGGCGGCGGCGGUUGGAGGAAGCGGCACAAGGUGGUGGCCACUGACCACACGGGCCGCUGCGUGAUGUACGACCCGGCGCGGGGCACCGUCCGCGCCCUGCCCGAGCUCACCCCCGCGCCCAAGGUCAGGCCUGCCGCCCUCCCCGUCGGCGACGACGACCUCUACGUCAUCGACACGCACUUCAACCGCGCCUUCAGCCGGGACGCCGCCUGCUUCCACGGCCUCCUCUUCGACCCUGACGCCGCCGACUGGGAUUGGCGCCCGAUGCCUCCGCCUCCGUACGCGCGCACCUACGACCCUGACAGCCAGCGAGUCCGCGCUCACAUCACCUCCUACGCGGUGGCGGGCGGCGGCGGCGGCGCCAGUGUCUGGGUGUCCAAGGACGGUCUGGGCACCCACUCCUUCGACGUCGGGACCGGCGAGUGGGCCAAGGCCGGCGACUGGGUGCUGCCGUUCUGGGGCCCCGGCACGUACGUCCCGGAGCACAAGCUCUGGUUCGGCCUCUUGGCCGACAAGGUGGAGGACGGCGUCGUGUGCGCGUCAGACCUGACAGCAGCACCGCCCGCGGCGCCGCGCGUCCUGUGGAGGGAGGAGUCCCCGACGCCGCCGGAGUGGCAAGGCAGGUCGACCUUUCUCGUGCACCUUGGCUGCUCCAGGUUCUGCCUCGCCAGGUUCUUCAAGAUCGUCCGCGGCGGCCCUGCAGGUGGCUCGCCAUGCGUCAGCAGGUUUGCAGUCUUCAGUGGACUCGAGGUGGUGACUGGCGGCCAUGGCGACGGGGAGGGGGAGGAGCUCCGCAUGGUGAAGCACAGGUCUCUACGGUACAGCCUUGUCAACAAGCUGCUCCAUUGGGUACUCUAG